AAACAGCAGAAAACUGCUGCCACUGGUGGCUUAGCAGUGACACUGGCUCAGUUGCCUGGUGCUCGCUCUUCAGUGCCCUCAACACUCUCCUCACUUGCUACCCCAGGGCACGCUGGCGACACCCCAGGCUCUGUGCCCGUUGUGUGACUACCCCAGGGCACGCUAGGGAAAUCCUAGGCUUUGUACCCGUUGUGUGUCUAACCCAGGGCACGCUAGCGAUACUCCAGGCUCUGUACUCGUCUUGUAUCCACCCCAGGGCGCGCUAGCAAUACCCCAGGAUACCCCAGGCUCUGUACUCAUCGUGUGUAUCACCCAGGGCACACUAGCGAUACCCCAGGCUCUGCACCUAUCGUUUAUAUCCCCAAGGGCACAGUAGCGAUACCCCAGGCUUUGUUCAAAUCAUGGCUCUCUGACGGACACGGUGUGUUAUCCAUGUUCUUGAUGCGACGGGGCUAGCACGUCCAGAGUGUGUUGUGGCUCCUCAGGAUACAGUGAUCAGGAGACAGUGUUCGGCUGUACUGGGAACUCCUGUCACGAGCGUUGGUGCGACAAGUUAGCAGCAUCCGGCACAGCAACGUCAGGCGUCAGCAGCAGUAGCAGCGUCAAGAGGCACUUGCUGAACCAUUGCUGAGAGGUCGGCGAGAGGAAGAUGUCAGCGUGAGGAAACUGGCAGGUCAUUCUGCCAUUGUGGGAACUUCCUUAACCCCAUCACACCUUCCUUAUAACUGACGACCAGCUGCUGCACUGAUGGAGUUCUCUCGCAGUACCCAGGACAAAGUGGCGCUGCGAGACGUGGCUUAUGUCAUCCGCUUCGGUCACUUCCCCAGCGAGGAGGAUGAUGCUGGGGGCUCCUUCAUCACCUCUCACAGACACCAGUUCAUGUCUACACCUCAACAGACCGCUGACAUCUCUCCUUCGCCUGAACUAAGUAUAGCCAGUGAUGAGCAAAUUCUUUUCAAUGAUGAACAGAAUUUCUUUAACGAUGUCCAAAAUCGCUUUGCUGACGACCGGAACCCCUUUGUCGAUGCUCUGAAUCCCUUCGCCGAGGACGGCAGCCUUGCCGUUGAAGACCAGUCCCCCAAUAUCAGUCAGAAUUCCUGCUCCAGUUCUUCCAUUUCCAGACCCAAUGAUGAUUCAAGUGUGCCCAGUUCCCCUGUCGGCGACCAGUGUCCCACUACGGAGAGAAGACAGAGUGAACUGUCUUCGUAUAAAGACAGGUUCACUACGCCACUACCAACUUCUGUCUCACCAAGCCUGUCCGCACCCCAGACACAAGUCUCCCCGAGCCUAUCUACACCCCAAACACCAGUCUCCCCGAGCCUGCCCACACCUCCAGCUGAUAUCUCCACUUUCUUGCCCAUACCCGAAACAGAAGUUUCCCCGAACCUACCCACAGCCCCAGCAAGAGUCUCUAAGACCCUGGAAAUAAACAAUGUCUCCCGGGCCCACGUGAAGGAACUCAUCACUCAGGCUUUCAACGUGACCCGUCUUGACCUGUGCCGCAUGGUAGAGGACAUUGGUAACAGUAAGGUGGCGCCAGCUGUGGAACUGCUGCUCGAGGAGAUUCGAACUGAAGGUCUCGCUCUGGAACCUACCACAGGCAGUCCGUCACCCCCAGUAGUGUUCAUUCGUGCUGUGUUGAGCGGUAAAAACUGUUUCUCCUCCUUCACCAGCACCUCAGCCACCAAGGUCACCAACAACACUCUCACACUGACAGUGAAGAACAUGUACACAGAUACACUGCUGCUGGAGGUCUGGAAAGCUGGAAGAAGUUCACCGGUGGAGGACGCUCAGAAUACUGCAGUUAUUGACAUCCUGGGCCGCCUUAUUAAUACCAGCAUCAGAUACAGGAAGGACAAAGCGAAUGUUGCCACUUGUUCCAGAUCUUCUUUUACGGUGAUGUACAGAAGCAGUGAGGAGGCUGCCAGUACCACAGAGACGAACCAGACGAGUCCGUCAUCAGACGCUGGUGCCGGGGCAGCUCUAGAGAGCUCAGAGGAGAGAGAUGAGGUGGAUCACUCUGAUGAAACACCGAUCAUCAAUGUCUCACUCUGGGAGGACAGGAACCAACGAGAUCGCUCACGAAGCCUUAACGACUCCCACAAAAUCACAAAGAAGACAAGUCCAAAAAUUGUGGAAGUAAAAGAAAAGAAAACGGUAAUUACUAAUGGCGUGGCGCGUCACAAUGAAAGCUGCAGUAACGUGGCUCCUGAUGACAACAGUGAGAAUGGACUUUCCAAUGGGAACGACGUGGACUCAGGAAGAAAUGCAAGUGAUACUACUGAUAUGUCAGACAGUAUUUCUGUCAGUUCAGAGCUCUGCCUUGACCACAUGAGAACAAGUACGCAUAGAGAUAGAUCAGCAAGCGUCCAAAAUCUUGAUCUAUCACCUAGCACCAACAAAGUGCAGGAAAAAGGCAACAUACGUAAAGGCAGUCUGAGAAUAAGCGCUUCUAACCUUAGGGCAUCCGUGCGUUCUAGUUUCAAGAAAUUUAACCAUAAUAAAUCUCCAGAUUCAAAAAAUCUCCAACACAAAUCUGCUGACACAUGCUCCUUGAGAUCAGAGACAGACAGUGUCUCGACGUCGCCCAAUCCCUUUAACGAAGAGGCUGACAUAGACACAAGUAAUCCGCACGCACAUGCUCAGGAGUCACCCACUGCAGAAAAAAGUAAACUAGAGAAAAAACUGUCUUAUGAUACUUCAAAACAAAAUGGGAAUAAUAAUCUAGACCGUGAGAGGUCGAGAAGCACAAUAAGUAUCACAUCUUUCUCGAAGAUAAACUUGGGCAUACGAAGAUCAUCACAAAAAGCAACAGAAAUAUUUAAAAGAAUUGGGAGCAAAAAAGAUAAGAAAUCUUCUAGUGAGACCUCUUCUCCUGACCUCAGGAGACAGAACUUAACAAACGACAGCACAUCGAUAUCAAGUUUUCAGAUAGAGAGUUCUCGUGAGGGAGAGGAUAAUGAAGACUCGCUGGCUGAUACUCACAGCACACACGACGCCUUGGAGACGCACACCAACGGUACUGCUCUCAGUGAUACACCUGUGUUAUCUUCUUACUUGAGAAAGUCUUUCAGAACCAAGUUUUCAACUCCAAGAACUUUAAGAGCAUUUAGGAACUUGAAAGAUAAGGGAAAUACCAAGAAACAAUUGGAAUCAAAGACCAGCGGUGAAGGACACACUGACGAGCAGUGUGUUGACGGGGAGACGAACUCACGUCAUCAAAAUCCUCCAGAAAUACAAAGUUACCUUUCAAGUAUUGGUAAAGGUCAUCUCAAGGCUGAACUUGUCGCCCAUGUCAGCGUCCCUUUGAAGACUCUAAUAGGUACGUGGAAGAGGGAAGGCUGGCUGCCUCUGAGUCUCACCAACGUUAAAGAUGACAUCUCGACUCAGAAAAAGAAAAAGUUCAAUAGAGCAGGUGGAAAUGUAACAGUUAAAAAGACAUCAAAUAAAUCAAGUGUGUCGUGUAAGUUGCACAUCUGCCUGACACUUCCCACACCUGAGUCUGAACUCACCACCACUGGUUAUGACACUUACAGUUCUACUCUUCGUAGCCUCAUUGAUAUGCAGGUUCAAGCUCUGGAUACUGUUCGUGACUACAAGGGCAGCGUUGGGGUGGUGGGUGAGGUGUUGCUUCAGCAGUUGGUGUUCUUCUCCAGGGUGUCUGAUCCACAUAAGACCCUCGCCAAGUGGCUUGUUUUAGUUGAAGUCAAGCCUUCAGACCCCGAACUCCUGCUGCCGCUACUGAAAGCCAUAAGGACCCACCUGGAAGCUGGUCUCUAUCUCACCACACAGAAACGUCAGCUGGCUGGCUCCCUCUCGCGUCUGGGUCUGCCAUCUACUCAUCCGGCAUCAUCGGGACCUGUAGAUGCCGGAUUAAUGACUUUGCCGGAUCACAGAGUAUUAGGUAAAUACACUUCACCCAACGGUGAAUAUUUACGCAUUGGCGAUUGCACCCAAGUUUAUGCCCCAUUUCUGAUUAACAUUAACAUAACUCAUCAUGAAAAUGGAUCAGUAUUUCUAUUAUUCAUGAAAACGGAUAGAUAUCAGCAGGGUGGGAUUAAGGAAUGGGCUUUAGAGGCUGCAACCCAGCUGGACGGCCUCCAGAGGCUGCAGCCCAGGGACCUCCGCCCAGUUGGAGGGCCUCCAGAGGCUGCAGCCCAGGGACCUCCGCCCAGUUGGAGGGCCUCCAGGGACUGCAGCCCAGGGACCUCCGCCCAGUUGGAGGGCCUCCAGGGGCUGCAGCCCAGGGACCUCCGCCCAGUUGGAGGGCCUCCAGGGACUGCAGCCCAGGGACCUCCGCCAGUUGGAGGGCCUCCAGGGACUGCAGCCCAGGGACCUCCGCCCAUGUUGGUUCAGGGAAGCCGACGUGAGGAACUACGACGACUCAGGAGCGCCUUGGCUGACACACACACCUUCCUCACUAAUCAAGACGGUGUAGGACUCCAGCUCCCGGCCGAGGUCAAUAAGGAAUAUGAGUCGUUGCAAGAAGAGUUGAAGAUUCUAGGAGCCACUUCGCCAGAACUUGUCUCCCAAUUUUACCAUGAACGGUACCAAGAGCAGCUUAAAGAGGGUCCCAGUGCUUCUCGUACUCUUGUUCUUAAUGCAGCGUUCACAGAGACAGGGUUGCGAGUACAUGUAGUGCAGGGACCAGGGGAGCAGGCAGGGGGCGUGCUGGUCAAAAUCAGGGUGGAGCCACAGGAAUGGUUCCCUCUGGCUGAUCCCUGCAAGACACACCUAGCUAAGGGCGACCCUGCAGUUUUUAAUGAGAUAUUUAGAUUCCCGAGUGUGCUUCAAGACCACCUGGGAGGCGAGCAAGGCGGGGUGCUGACACUACAGCUACGGACUCCAAGAUUACUAGGCAGUAGUGUUGUACAUUGUGAGGCUGUGUUUCCACUCUCUGAACUGCCUCGCAUCCCUGAGGCUAGUGUCCUCAGUAUUCAGCACCUACGUGUACCCCUAACCAGACCCUGGAAACUAACAUCGUAUAAGCCGCUGGAGGCGCUGAAGAGCCGCGCCCUGGACAAGAUAGCGGUGGACUUCCUGAAGGUGCUGAGUGAGCGCUGGGAGCCCAGGGACUCCUCCAUCCAGAUACAAGACUCACAGAAACUGAGAGCAACCUUUGCUAGGGCCAGCAGCGUCAGAAACAGCAUGAAGGGAGGCAGAAAGAUGUUGACUUAUAAAUAUGUGGCAGAAAAUAAACUUAGUUUACCGUGAUGUUAAAAGGAAGUUAAUUCUUAAUGCUUCACUGCUCAGUGUGAAUCACUUAUCCAUUCGUGUGACGUAUAUGUAAGAUAUUCUCUUAAAUCAUCAUGAAUGUAAUUCAUCAAACACUAGUGUUUUUUUUUUUUUUUGAUGAUUAUGCAUUUGAUACCAGUGACAGAAUUUUAUUUGUAAGAGAGACAAAAAUAAUUGAGAGGGUUCACAGGUUUCAAAGUUAAACAAAUACAGUCUUCAAAAUGAUGACUCAUGUAGUUGGAAUUAUAUCACUGUAAUGGUUAACUUCUUCUUCCAUGUAUUUGUAGUCAUAGUUCUUGAAUAUUAUAAUGUGUUAACGAUCAAUGAGGGAGGUGGGGCGCUGGAGGCCUGAGACGGGGAGUUGUAGUGAUAUCAGUAGUUCAGACAACCGACAAGUUUAUGAAGGAGAUGCUUGUGCAACACUUGGGUGUCUUUAUUGUGGAAACGUUUCACCAGCCAGUGGCUUCUUCAGUCCAGUACAGAGGAGAAUGGUGGAAGACCAGAAGGAGCUUGAGGUAAUUAGCCCCUCAGCCUGGAGUCGAUGUGUUCAGUCCAUCAGUCAUGAGACUUCUAUCAAGACUGAUGAACUGAUCACAUCGACUCCAGGCUGAGGGACUGAUUACCUCAAACUCCUUCUGGUUUUCCCCCACUCUUCUGUUUAUAAGACUGAAAAAAACCAGUAUCUGGCAAAAACGUUUCCACAGUAAAUAUACCCAAGUGCUGCACAUGUGUCGCCUUCAUCACACGGGGAUUCCCUUCUUAAAAUCUGUCAUAAAUCAGUCAAGUGCAGCUGUAAGACAGUCAACUGUAAGACAACUAUAAGACAGUCAACUAUAAGACAACUAUAAGACAGUUAACUAUAAGACAACUAUAAGACAGUCAACUAUAAGACAGUCAACUAUAAGACAGUCAACUAUAAGACAGUCAACUAUAAGACAGUCAACUAUAAGACAACUAUAAGACAGUCAACUAUAAGACAUUUAACUAUAAGACAGUCAACUAUAAGACAGUCAACUGUAACACAGUCAACUAUAAGACAGUCAACUAUAAGACAGUCAACUACACCGGAAGAUGAAGAUGUUUGGGUCACGUUAUGGUGUAUCCAACUGUGUUUCUGUGGCGGUCGAUAUGGCACCAAUAUAUACCAUUAAUAUUUUUAAAGCAAAUAACAAUAAACAUAUAUGAUGAGGUAGACAGUGUGACUUGUCAUCAUAAAUGUUAUAUUUCAGCAUUUGGUACUGACUAAUUGUGUAAAACUUUAUCACUUUGAGUUACUGUUGUAGAGACACAUACAAGUAUAUAUGAAUUAUUUCCUUAAAUGUCUCUUAUUGUUAAUAUAGAAUAUUAAUCAUAUAACAAGUCAAAAUUUUUCAGUGGAAAAAUAGGACGUAUAAACCUUUCUGUUUAAUUCCCAAAUAUUCCUUCUGUUUUCUGUUAAAAGAUGGAAAUGCUAAUGUUAACAUGGAAAAAUUGUU